UGGGGGAACCCGUCGCAUUAGGUUUAUCACCGGCACAUUUAAUGAUGCUCAAGAGAAAUUAGCAUGCGCAGACAAUAACGUUCUUCCCAAACCAUUUGGAUACAUUAGUUGUUGCUAAUAAAAAGUACGAAAUAAUAUUUAUGGAUAUUGAGAAUGGAAAUAUUUCCUUGAAGCUUACCGGGCACUCUGCACCUGUUAAACAUAUAUCUUUUUCAAAUAAUAAAAUGAAAAACCUACUCACUGCUAGUCCAGUGGAAGCUAUACUAUGGGAGCUUACAAAUUAUACAAAAUAUUUUACAUUAAACACAUAUGCAAGUGCUAAUAUCCAACAAAUCAUGUUUACACCAGCGGGUGAUUAUUUGGUUUCUUGCUUUCAAAAUGACACCAUCCAAAUAUGGCGACACGAAACUAUGAAGUCGGUUAAACAGAUUAUUCCAAGUGAGCUCAAACAUAUGAAGAGUAUAGCGUUCACAAUGAAUGGCAGAGCAAUGGCUAUGGCUGGCUUAUCUCCAUUAUUAAUUCUAUUUGGUAUGGACACAUGGAAAGUAUUGAAAUCUAUUGAUCUGACCAAAUAUGGUAUAAAUGGUGUUCAGCAAAUAUACUUUGUUCCUCAAGUGUUUGAUGGGGGUGCUAAUAAGAUUCUGGGUAUUCUCAGUAGUGAUUGCAUACUUCAAUUUCUAAAUGUUGAAAUACUUAAAAUAGUUUACACAAUUCAAUGUCAAUCAGGAGGAAUUAGGAGUUUUAUUGUAAGUCCAACAGGAAAGUAUUUCCUUUGCAUACUGCAAAUGGGAGAAGUAAAUAUCUACAACACAUCAUGUGUUAUGGAUUUGUCCCAGAGUAACAAAGAGUUAGUAGAUAAGCCAUGUACAUCUGUUCCACACAAAUGUCAUAAAAUAACUAAAUCACCAACACCAACUAAAGAAGAAGUUGAAGAUAGAAUGCGUAUCUGCAUGGAUACAGCUAGGUUAAGAAGAAUACUAAUGCAAUAUGGAGAAUACCCUGAUAAAUUUAGAGCUACUAUAUGGAGAUCAUUACUCCGUACUCCAAGAAACAAAUUGGCCUAUUCAGCCUUAGUGGAUAAAGGUAUUCAUCCUGCAUAUAAAGAUAUAGAAAAACAAUUUACUAUUCACAGCUCAAUAACACUGAAAAGUUUGAAGAGGCUGCUUUCUUGUCUCUCACAUUGGUGCCCACUUUUUGCUGUUAUCAAAUUCCUUCCUGGAUUUGUUUUUCCAUUUGUAAAAGUAUUACAAAAAGAUCCCUUACUUUUAUUUGAAUGUGUAGCCACUGUGCUACUGAACCAGUAUCAAUUAUGGUUUGAAUAUGCACCAUUUCCUCCCAUCAGUAUACUGGCUAUGGUUGAGAAUAUUGUUGCUGAACAUGAUCAACCCCUCUUAGAUCAUUAUUGUGAGCUUGAAAUUACAAGUCAAACAUAUGCAUUAAAAAUAUUAGAGACCGCUUUUAGUGAAAUACUGACAUGUUCUGAAUGGUUAAUACUUUGGGACCAUAUACUGAGCAAUGAACCUUCAUUUAUUUUGUUUGCUGUAGCGUCAUACAGUAUCACUCAAAGGAAUGCAAUUAAAAAACAGAAAACACAUGAUCAGGUAGAAAACUUUUUUCACAACCAGAACCCGAUAGAUAAAAAGACAUUUAUAAAAAAAGCAUACAAUCUAUUGAAUGAAACUCCAGAAGAAAUACAUCCUAGAAAUUUUUUCAACAAAUUUUGUGCUCUUGAUAAAGGGCUUUGUUAUCAGCAAUUCACAGGCUAUCCAAAAGCAACAAUUUGUUUAAAAAUGACAAGAAAAGAUAAGAAAAAAUGUAUUAAAAGUGAUAGGUUACAUGAGCCACCUGAUACUGAUACAGGUUCAGAGUUUGAUUCAGAAGAAGUAGUGAAUUAUACUGAAAUUGACAGAGGACAUACUGAGCAUAAAUAUAAAGCAAGACAAGACCGAAAGAAAAGUAAAGGAGAAUGUGGUCCAAGUAACAUAAAAGAUGAUCUGAUCAAUAGCAUUAUACAUCCUGUAAAUGAGGAAGCUAAUAUAAAAAAGAGUCAUGAGUCUAGAUCACAAAAAAAGGAAAACAUAUUAGUGAGAGCCGAAUCAGAAGUAAAGAAUAAUAAACUGGAAAAAGAAGUUGAAAGAAUUUUUUUUAACUGUAAUAAUUCGGAAACUUCCAGGAGCUAACAGUGGACAGCCUUCAAAGGUCGAAGGAAGUGUAUUAGUCUAUAUCAACGCUAAUUUUUCGCCACAAUUUAAAUAUUGAGACAGCCUACAAUACCUAGUUUCUAAUCUAUUUGGUACUGUAGACUGGAAGUAGAUUUUGUAAUUGUUGUUGCAACCACAUUAUAUAAAUUCAGAUUUACAUUUGUUGCAUUUCAUCUAGAAUAUGAUAGAUAUGAUAAUUAUGUUGAAUUUCGUUGUAAUAAACAUAAAAAAUAAUUUUGUUU